AUGGGGAAACUUCCCAUUAUACAUGAUAAAAAUUUGUAUUUAAUUCACUGGCGAUACUUUUACGAUCCUCCAGAAUUUCAGGCAGUUUUAAAAAAGAAAGGUAAUAGUGAGUUUCACAUUGGGUAUUACAGAGAUGAUCCUGAGAGUUUGCCAACAUUUUUAGCAAGCAAUGACAGUAGUAGAGACUGUCUUAUGAACCCAAUUGCUGAUAAUAUAUUUGGGGCAGUUUACUCAUUUUUACAAAGUGAAAAGAAAACAUCACCCUUUUUAGCUAUGCCUUGCCAAAAGCUGAUGGAUAAAAUAAAGAAAUGGGCAAACGAGCAUAAUUACUCCCUGGACGAAUACAGUAUGAAAAAAAGAACACCCCAGAUAGUUGCUAGAACUUUGCAUGGUGCAGGAAUUGUAGUACCAUUUAACAAGAAAACAGAAUUAGGAUAUAGACCCUUAGCCGAGAGCAAUGCUAACCUGAGAAAAAUGUUUGCAAAAUUAGAGUCAUCAUCAUUGCAAAGUGAAAAAGAUGAGAUUCUGUCACAAAUACAACCUGUGAUAACUUAUGCUAGCAUUGCAAUGGAUGAAUGUGAUUUUGGAACUGGAUUGGAGAUUGGGAUUGAUCUAUUUUGUUCUGGUAUAAAAGACUUGGAGGCUAGUGCUGCUGCUAAUUUAAGUUCAGCAUAUUCUUUACUGAACAGGGAACCAUUCAGCAAGAUUGUCCAGGUCCACCUAAAGCAACGGCGAAAGGGACCUAAUAUGGCUAUAUUCUCU